AACGAAAGUAAAUUAGUAUUUUUAACAACAGGGAAUUUCCAUGUUAAAAGAGGAAACUAAUAAUCAAAAAGACGUAACAUUACAACAAUGGCGGAGAGUUUAGUACAACUUCCGGAAUGGGCAUACAAAGCAACAAAUACAGAUAGUCAGGAGGUCAAAGUUGCAGCAGAAAAUUCAGAUAAUCACUCCCUCUUAAAAGUGGAUGUGAAAGGCAAGUUUACCAAUAAUGAACCAUGCCAGUUUACCAUGGAUGGCAAUGAAGAUAAUUGUAUUAUUCAUCAGACAGAGAUUACCCGAUUGAGAAGUUGCUUUUUUAGAAAAGUUGGAGGUGAAAAUGGUGAUACAAAGUAUGGUGUACAGAUAUCUACCAUGGUUGGAGCUGAUUUUGUCUGGUUCCUGAUUUUAUUUGAGUCCCUAGAUGAUACAAUGAAGGUUUUGAACAUAUGCCGUCGGAACUUACAUUCGAAAGGCGGAUUUAUUGACUAUCUUUGUCCAAAAUGGACAGGUGAUCUUGAAGUCCAGGUGUCCACUGUAGGAGGUACCGAAGAUGAAAUCCCUCAGAAGAGUUAUUCUAUCGUUUUAGAUGAGGAAGCACUGUUUUUGUUCCGAGACUUCAAUAAAAGGCUGCCAGACUUUUUUUUAAUGUUUUACAAAGAAGGAACAGACCAUAGUAUAGAAAGAGCCCUUGUUCAACACUAUUCCAAUAAUAUCGUAUUGGAAAGUGUCAAGAUGAAAUUUGUAAUACAAAAUGCUGUUGGCUACAGCAGUUUUACUGAAGCUAUCAAAAUGAUCAAACCAAAACCAAAGCAUAUCUUUGAAGAUCAUUCAAAGAUUGCCAAAUAUUUAACAGAUUUAGAACAAAUAAAUCAUGAUGAAAAUGUUAGCCAGGAACUUCAGAAAAGACAAGAAAAACCUUCAAGACACAGAAAAGACUAUGAACCUGAAUGGGGAGAGCGAUCAGACACGACUGAAGCAGGGAAUCAAGCUUCUAUAAUAUCAAGUGAGUUAGAUCAAGCUUUGGAGACAUUGUCAGUUAACGAAGAUUUAAGUUUACCUUGGAUAGUGGCAGAGGAUGAAAUGAAAUUAAUGUUAGAAAAUCCAGAGGCAUUAGAAGGCAGUCAGACAGAUAUGUUAUCUGGCGGGUUGGAUCCAAAUGAUGCAAACCAUUUAAUGAAAAGUUUUAGUGAAAUCAAAGAACAUCUUACAAGCCAAAGAUAUGAUUUGGCCUUGUCUCGUCUGAAAGGAACAAAGACUGUAUUCCAGGAAUCAGCAAUCCCAGAAAUAAAGAGACUGAUAGGAACAGAUGAACUUGAACUUCUGAAGAAAUUGUAUUUCCACUCUUUCUUGGAGGGCUUAUGAAGAAAAUAUUUUCAUAUUUAUAAUAAUGCACCUGUUCAUCAAACCAAGGAAUAUUAUUUAGUCUAAACCCUAAUUCAUUUCAGGUUGUGUUGGAUUAUUAUAAACAUUAUUUUAGUAGGAAUCAAAAAUAUUAUAUUAAAAUUACUACUUGAUCACGAUCAACUAUUUUUUCGGAAGACUCUGAUUUUCACAUGGUAAUAUUUUUUCUGUAUCAAAGCACAAUUUGGUAUAAUAAAACAAAUUUUAUAAUUAACUUAGA